AUGCCAUCCAAUGUCUACCCCAAUUGGGGGUUCCCCUUUUCUCAGUUUGCCCUAAUCGGUGCUCCGGCGUCAAUAUUCCCCGUUUUUUUCCUCCCUUGUUCGCCUCAGUCUGUUUGGGAAAAUCGUGGGGCAAAAAACAAAAGCACAUCUAGUGGGACUGAAAAUGGCAAUUGGUUAGAUCUGGCAUAUUCGUUUCUGAUACUUAGAGAGUGGAAGGAAGAUAUCAAUGCUGAGCAUCCAGACUUCAAAGAACUAGACAUUUGGGUUCAAGCUUGGAACUUUCCAAUCAAUUGGAUUAUGUUCGGAAAUGUCUCAGUGCCUCAAGCUGGAAAUCUAGCAGGUAAAUGCUUAAGGCUACAUGUGUCUGUUGACUUAGAACAACCCCUGCUCAGAUGCUCUUAUGCUAUUACUGCAGAAUUCUGGGCCAUCUUGAUAAAAACUGUGAAUAAAGGGCAGAUGACAUCUCAAAAGGCAGAAUCUCUGAAGGCCUUUAUGGAGAAGUGGUUAAAGGCUUUUGAAAUCAUUGUUUCUCAUUCUCAUACAUAG